ACGCAUGCGCAGCGGGGGCGGGCCGGGAGGUGGGAUGGCCGUGUCUUCCGUGUGCCACCGCUGCCGCCUCUGCCGCGCUGCUCUUGCCGCUGGGUUCUUGCAUUGCCGGCGUUAGCCGCGCGAGGGGAAAGGAGGGCACCGUCGGAGCGUGCGUGCGCGGGGUCCCCGCAGUUCCAGCAGUUCUUCUCGCGCCUGCUGGGCGGUGCGGGGGGUCAGCAGCAGUCGAAGGAGGCCCUAGACGGCGCCAUGUCGGCGGGCGGCCCGUGCCCGGCUGGAGCCGGAGGGGGCCCCGGGGGUGCCUCCUGCGCGGUGGGGGUCUCCCCCGGCGGGGUCUCCAUGUUCCGGUGGCUGGAGGUGCUGGAGAAGGAGUUCGACAAGGCCUUUGUAGAUGUGGAUCUGCUCCUGGGCGAGAUCGAUCCGGAUCAGGCGGACAUCACUUACGAGGGGCGACAGAAGAUGACCAGCCUGAGCUCCUGCUUUGCGCAGCUUUGCCACAAAGCCCAGACCGUGUCCCAGAUCAACCACAAGCUAGAGGCACAAUUAGUGGACCUGAAAUCUGAACUUACAGAAACCCAAGCAGAGAAAGUUGUACUGGAGAAAGAAGUACAUGAUCAGCUCUUACAGUUGCACUCUGUUCAGCUUCAGCUUCAUGCCAAAACUGGUCAAAGUGUUGACUCUGGUACCAUUAAGGCAAAACUGUCUGUCCCCUCUGUGGAGGAACUGGAGCAAGAGCUUGAAGCAAACAAAAAAGAGAAAAUGAAAGAAACUCAACUUGAAGCUGAAGUCAAGUUAUUGAGAAAAGAAAACGAAGCCCUUCGUAGACAUAUAGCUGUUCUCCAGGCUGAAGUGUAUGGGGCAAGACUGGCUGCCAAAUAUUUGGACAAGGAACUUGCAGGAAGGGUCCAGCAAAUACAGUUACUAGGACGAGAUAUGAAGGGACCUGCUCAUGAUAAGCUUUGGAACCAGUUGGAAGCUGAAAUACAUUUGCAUCGUCACAAAACUGUUAUCAGAGCUUGCAGAGGACGUAAUGACCUAAAACGGCCAAUGCAAGCACCGCCAGGCCAUGAUCAAGACUCUUUAAAGAAAAGUCAAGGUGUUGGCCCCAUUAGAAAAGUUCUCCUCCUCAAGGAAGACCAUGAAGGCCUUGGCAUUUCAAUUACAGGUGGAAAAGAACAUGGUGUUCCAAUCCUUAUUUCUGAGAUUCACCCAGGACAGCCUGCUGACAGAUGUGGGGGGCUACAUGUUGGAGAUGCUAUUUUGGCCGUUAAUGGAGUUAACCUAAGGGACACAAAGCAUAAAGAAGCUGUAACUAUUCUUUCUCAGCAGAGGGGAGAGAUUGAGUUUGAAGUAGUAUAUGUGGCUCCCGAAGUGGAUUCUGAUGAUGAAAAUGUCGAGUAUGAAGAUGAGAGUGGACAUCGCUACCGUUUGUACCUUGAUGAGUUAGAGGGAGGUAGUAAUUCUGGUGCUAGUUGCAAAGACACAAGCGGGGAAAUCAAAGUGCUACAAGGAUUUAAUAAGAAGACAAUAACUGAUGGACAUGAAAACGGAAACCUAGGUGAAACUCCACUAGAAGACAGUGCUUCUAAGUUAGACGAUCUGCACAGUCUCUAUCAUAAAAAAUCCUAUUAAAUUGACUGUCUCCAGACAAGAUUGCUAAUGAGACUAUUCUGAAUUUGGGGCACUAGGGAAGUCAGUGACAAAGACUGUAUACAUAUAUCAAGGGAGGCUGUUUAUUGCCUAAAUGAAAGGCGGGUACCUCAGGGCUUUGUGAGAACAAUUCUAAAUGCAUAAAACUUCCUGAUUUCUGUGGUAUACCCUAAUUAGCUGUUGCAUGUAAAAUGAUUUUGCUUUUCUUAAAAUUGUAAAAGCACCAAAGCAUGUGUUUCCCACGGGGAUGUUACUAAGCUCUUAAAAUACCACACGAAGCACCACUGUUUAAAUUUGGUUCCUUUUUCAUUCAAGUAGGACAGUGUUAACUGGAAUUUUAUAAGAAAUAGCCUUUAAAUACAGGAGAAUAAAUGGAUUCAUGUUACAUAUUCCAAAAUGUUAAGUGUGGUGUUUCAAAGGACAGAAUUUUCUUGAAUUGCAGAAAUGCAGACUUAAAUUUUUUUUUAAACUGAAAGAAUGAUUUCAGGGUGUUUUUUUUUUACAUUUUUAUUGUGCAUCCCAAUAUCUAAAUCAGUCCUUAAUGGCGAUUAUAAUGAGUUUGCCUUUCAACUUUAUUCAAUGCAGUAUGAAAUUGUUUUCUUUAAGAAGUCCUUAAUCAAUGCUGCACUAGAAAUAGUUUCUGAGAAGUUACUGUACUUUGUACUUCCUGGUUUUUAAAAGAAAUGCAGAUGUGAGUGUACAAUAUCUGUUCUGAAUUAUGUUGAUCUGUGUGCAUGGUAUUGGAACAUUAUAUUAUUAAUGUUUAGUCUUAAGUACAUUUUUUCAGGGAUCCCAAAAAAGAUAAACUUUGAGUUCAUAAAGUUUGUCUUGUAGUAAUUUUGGCACUUCAAGGUAAAUUUUUCUGGCAGAAGCAGCUCGAAUUUAUGACUAUCACAAAGUACGGUGCAUUCAAACAGCAGUUUUCUUUCAAAGUAAAUGAUUUGGCAGUCUUCUGUAGAGCAGAGGCACAAGUGGACAAGAUGAGUUGAAGACAUUUUAAUACAGUAAUUGGUUUGGUUGACUUUACAUGACAGUGUUUGUUUGAAAAAUUUUAAAGUGUGUUAAUUUGCCAGUAUCAUUGUUUCAAAGGAUAUAUACAUAGAUUGAAGGGAAUAUUAAAUGGGGAAAGCAUAAAGGACUUUUAGAAUAUUAUGGUUAUCUUCAUUUUUAAUAUACAAAUGCUAUGUCAUAUAAAACUUUUUGUCUUUCUUAGAUGCACUAUAUAUUUGUUCAUAGGUAAAUCUGUAAAAUGUAUAUACUUUAUUUGGUGGUUUUGUUAUUUAUAAAUUUUGUGUCUUAACUAUUGCUUGUUUAUAGUUUGUUUGGGUGUUUUUUUUUUAUAUGUGUAUCACCACAUUAGUUUGUAAUGAAAAUGCACUUCAUAGAGUAUAUUGUUAUUGAUGUUGAAAAACCUUGUAGUAUUGUGUUGCUUCUAAGCAGAGCAAGUGUUUGAUUGUACAACUGAAUUAGCAAGCUAAUUACUGUUCCUGACAGGCUAGGUCUUUAAAAAAAAAAAAGAAUUAUUUUCCUUAUGCAUUUUCUGUUUUAAAUAUAUACUUUUGGGCAUGACAUAAAAUUUGUAAACUGGAUCUUAGCCAGUGUAUGCAUUUGGAAAAAAAAUGAGUUUGGAAAAAAUUUCAUUGUAGGAUAUCUGAACACUAUUUUGUUGUGUCUUAAAAUUUUUAUUCUUUUUUUUUUUUUUUUUGGCAUUUUGGGUCACACCCGGCGAUGCACAGGGGUCACUCCCGGAUGCACUCAGGAAUUACUCCUGGUGGUGCUCGGGGGACCAUAUGGGAUGCUGGGAUUCGAACCCGGGUCGGCCGCGUGCAAGGCAAAUGCCCUACCUGCUGUGCUAUCACUGCAGCCCCGUUAUUCUUUUUUUUUUUAACACCACCUGGAAUGGGGUGACCAAGGCAUUAUUAUUUUUUAUCAAAGAAAAUAUUCUUUAUUUACUUUGAAUCUUUAGAAAAUAUUGUUUAAAACCUUUUGAUCUUCUGGGGCUGAGCAAUAGGACAGUGGGUAGGGUGUUUGUCUUUCACACAGCUAACCCCUGUUCAAGGGUUUGACCCCUGACACCCCACAGUUGCGCAGAGCCCUGCCAGGAGUGUUCCCUGAGUGUAGAGCCAGGAGUCAGCAUUGAAUACAGCCCAGUGUGACCCCCAAAACAAAAAAAAAGCCUUUUGAUUUUCAAGAACUGCCUAAUAAAGUCUAUAAGGAAUUUUUUAGAAUCUUUAAUUGGCUUCCUGUGUAAUAUGAAAGAUGAUAUGAAAUGGUUAUCAUAUGAAUCCCCUUUUAAGGGCUCAUAAAUAGAAUAAAGUAAACUUCGCAGGUAUAGGUUUAAAAUUGCACACAUCAGUUCCUGUUCUACUCCUUCACUUUGGUCUGCAAACCUAAUUAAAGCACUGUGUUGCUCAGAUGCUAUGGUGAGCUUCUAGUCAGAAAGCCCCCAGGUAAAAGUUCAUUUUCAAUUACAUGAUCUUUGAGGUGUGGAUUUGGAAUGAGAAACUUUUCCCAAGGGGCUUACUGAAAAGCAGUUUUUAUUUUUUCACAUUUAUAGGAGAAAUAGCACUCAAAUUUCCAGAACCAUAUUAGAAAGUACCGUUACUAGCCAUGACAAUAAGAAAAAACAAAGAUACACAAAUGCAUACUGAAUAGCUGAUAAGAAAUUCACAAGAAUGAUAAUUCUGUCUAUGCAUUUUAGUUUCUAAAGUUCUGCAUUAAUAUGUGAAUAUGACAGAAAAGCAAUAUAUGGGUUAUUUGAGACUUGUUAAAAGAGAUUUAUUAGGGAUGAAAAUUUUGUGAGUCUUGGUCCUUAUACAUGAACAAUUGUGAAAGUUAGCAAUUUGUCCUUGGUGCUGUUUUUAAAUUCACAUUGACUUUUUUUUCAUGUUUAGAAGCAAAAUUAUUGAUUUGUGUUGAAAUUACACAUGAUUUGACUUUAUUAUUAUGUAAUCAAUUUUCCCACCUAUCCAGUCCUUCCGCUUAGAGUCAGCCACAAAUCUGUAGGAUUUAUGACAUACAUAUCUAGUUGAGUUUAAUAUUUUUAUUAGCCUGUAAAUAAUGAUGGCAUCUUCUACAUUAAAGAAAAGUAUUGAUCUUGGGUUUUUAAAAAAUAAACAGUUUGUUUCUUUCACGUUAAGUAUUUUCGUUUAUUUCUAGUAGCUUCUGUUAUUUAGACUGAUAUGUCAUUUAAAGUCCGUAUAAAGACUAAACUGAGGUGCAGGAAUGACAGUGCAUUGGGCAGGGUAUUUGCUUGCAUGCAACCCACCUGAGUUUGAUUCCUGGCACCACAGAUGGUCCCCUGAGCAUUAACUGGCAGCUGUGACCCCUGAUUGCAAAGCCUGGAAUAAUACUGAGCACUGCCUGGUAUGACCCCCAAACAAACAAAGACUGAAUCUAGUUACUUAGGGUAGAACGCCGGUGGGUGGGGCACAGGUGUUAGGAGUUAACUGAUCUUAACUGUUUAAUCAAACUUGGUUACAAACACAUUGAUGGAAAAGAACCUACAGAGCAACUGUGGGACCAGUUUUCUGUUGAAACUGAGAAGGCAAAAACUAACCUUAUACACGAUUAGCCAGUAUUAUAUCUAUAAGGAUGAACUUGAUUCUAAAAAAAAAACAAAACAGGUACUAUAUAAGAGUAUUUUUCUGUCUUUCCCUCUUACUGUCUUAUAAUAUAAUUUAGUAAAUUUUCAAAUGAUGUGUAAAGUAAUUUUUAGAUAGAUGUGUAAAGAUAUUUGUAGAUCUUUUGCCUCAUGUUCUAUAUUCAUCUACAGCAUAAGAUCAAGGUUGAUUGUAGGGAUGCCUUAUUUUUGCUAAGGGUAUUUGAGGUCAAACAGGAAGAUGUGGUUACAAAUCAUACUUGAUUCUUGAGUAUUAUUUGUAAUAUAUUUACAUUGAUGUAAUUAUAUUUCAGAAAACUACUUGAAGAUUUAGAAAUACUUUUCAUCAUUAACUUUCAGUUUGACAAUAUUAAUAUAUGCCAUGUAUCAUUUUAAAUUCCUAAUUUAUUUACCAACCAGUUUCGAACAAGAAAGUUUUCCCCAGCAUUUAUUUCCAUAGGGUCUUAGUUUAUGAAAAAAAAAAAAGAUUUGCACUUUGAUUUUUAAUUAUUCUGUUAGGUAUUUAUCUGGUUUUAUAACUAGCUUUUAAAAAUUAUGGUAUUAUGAAUCAUGUUGUUGGUGCUAAAUAUUUGUGUGAUAAUAAAUCUUUUUCAGGUUUAUUUUGAGAGGUCAAAUCACUGUUUGGGCUGCCUCGAGAGUGCCUCUCAGGUCUCCAGAAGGAAGGGAAGGCGCGUAACUGACUGAAGGCCAGCUGCUGUCAUCUGAAAUCCAGCCCUGCAUCCGUGCAGAUGCUCCACUUCCCACGUGCUGCAGCUUCUGUGACUGAUGAUCACAGGGAGAGUCUGACUCGGGGACUUUGACUUCAGGGUUCCCUGCUGGUCUUAUUUAAGGUGCAUUCACCCACCCUUCCUGCAUCUUCUCACUCAUGUGGGGUCAUGCCGGCAUCAGGUCUAGUUGCCUCCCAGCCCCCCACCAGUCCCCGCUCCCUCCUUAUCAGCAUUGCCCCCUAAUAAAUCUUCAGUUCAGCUGA